CCCACCACCACUUUUCUUAUUCCUUCUUCAUUUUCCUUCCUACUCAAAACACCCAACUCACCAUUCAUUUUCAAUUCAUUACUUUUCUCUCUCUCUCUCUCAACUUAUAAUCGUUUUAUUUGUGAUCGAGUUGAUCGAACAUAGAAAACAAGCUGUGAAAGCAACAAGUCAAGAGAUACGGUGGAACCAACAAAGGAAAAUGUUACAGAGGGCGGCAAGCAAUGCGUAUUCAUGGUGGUGGGCUAGCCACAUUCGGACCAAACAGUCAAAAUGGCUCGAGCAAAGCCUUCAAGAUAUGGAAGAACAGGUUGCCAAUGCGCUGAACCUCGUUCAAAAAGAUGGCGAUUCCUUCGCCAAGAGGGCAGAAAUGUAUUACAAGCACAGGCCAGAACUCAUCGCCUUCAUCGAGGAAAGUGUUCGUGCUUACAGAGCAUUAGCCGAACGAUACGAUAAACUCUCCACCGACUUGCAAAAAGCCAACACCACCAUCGCUUCCGUUUUCCCAGAUCAACUCCCUUAUGAUACAGACUACGAAGAUGACGAUAACAACGCUCUUAAAUCUCCCACAAACAUAGCUCCAGAUCCACCCAAGGCUCCAAAACUCCCAGAACCCAAAGACUUCAAGCGUUCGCUUACGAAAACCCAAAGCAAGAAGGAAACCAAAGUAGAUGUUUUGAAUUCCGGUUUAACCGAAGAAGAGGCUGUUGAAGAGAUCGAUAAGCUUCAGAAGGAUAUUCUUUCGUUGCAAACGAUGAAGGAGUUCACCAAGAGCUCGUAUGAAAACGGGCUUGCAAAGUUCUGGGAAAUCGAGAAAAAGGUGACGGAAAUGCAACAAAGAGUUUGCAGUUUACGAGAUGAGUUUAAUGUAACCAAAGAUAUCGAGGAUGAUGAUGCUCGUGCUAUAAUGGCGGAGUCUGCUUUGAAGUCGUGUGAAGAGACAUUGGCUCAGUUACAGGAGAAACAAGAGAAGUCAACCCAAGAUGCUCGUUUGGCCCAUGAGAGGAUCGAAAUUGCAAAACAGAAAUUCAAAUCCCUUAAACAAGAUUAUCUCAAGGACAAACCUGAUCAAGAAGAAGAAGAAUAUAAACUUGGAAAGGAUUCAAAGGAUCCACAGAACUCGAAUGAAAAGGAGCUACAAGAAAGGAUCAUAGAAAGCCUCGAGAAACUAUCCAAGAAACCUUCGACAGUUACAGAAAUGGCAGAUACGGUUGACAAGCUCGUGAGCAAGACACAGAUUCGGAACUUGGAAGAUGAUAAAUCUAACUUGAUUGAUGGGACACAAAAUUUGGAUAAAAUGUUGAAGGAUAUGGAGGAAAAACUGAAUGGAGUACAAGAUUUGGAUAGGAACAUUGAGAACCAAAAUAACAGCCUCAAGAUGCAGCUCACUGACGCAUGUUGCAAGCUUGAGCAUUUGUCUGAGAACCUUCAAAUCUCUCUGCAAGAUGAUCAUGAACAUGCAAAACCCAAGAUCAUGAGCCUGGAAGAUGAACAUUAUCAACAUCAGAUGGUGGAGAAGAUCGAAGACGAUCUUCUUGAACCUGAAUCACAUGAGGAAAGAGUGAAGGACGAGAUGGAUUGGCAAGAACUGUUGUUGAGUGGUUUAGAUAACAAAGAAGAUGAACAUGAUCGAGAUCAGAUAGUGGAGAAGAUGGAAGACAAUCUUCUUAAACAUGAAUCACAAGAGGAAGGAGUGAAGGACGAGAUGAAUUGGCAAGAAUUGUUGUUGAAUGGUUUAGAUGACAAAGAAAAGGUUCUUUUACAAGAGUAUACUACGAUCUUAAGGAAGUACAAGGCUGCUAAAAAGGAACUUGCAGAAGAAGAGGAGAAAAACCAAAGAACUGUCUUUGAAAUGAAGCUACAAGUAAGAGACCUCGAAACCUUGCUAUCAAAAAGAGACAUUGAAAUUCAACAGAUGAAACAAAAGCUCAAACUUCUUCAAGAAGACGAAGGUAAAGACGAUGUAUCAGAAGAAAAAGAAGUAGUGGACGAAGAGGACGACAUCAAGUCUAUCUUUAUGGUAAAAUCCGAACCCGUUUCUGAGAUUGAAGAAAAACUGCGAACUGGUAUUGAUGCGAUACUCGAUGAAAAUCUUGAAUUUUGGUUAAGAUUCAGCUCUACAUUCCAUCAAGUCCAGAAAUUUAAAACGGAGGUAGACGAUCUACAACAGGAUAUUACACAACUCAAGAGUUCAGCUUCAAGAUCAGAAAUCAAUCCCAUAUACAAACACCUUAAAGAAAUACAAAACGAACUUACAAUAUGGUUAGAACAAAGCGUGUCUCUGAAAAACGAACUACAAAGGAGAUGCUCAUCGUUAUCCAUCAUUCAAGAAGAUAUAGCAAGGGCAUUGAGGGAAGGCAUGGAAGAAGAAGAAAUCAAGUUCAGCACGCAUCAAGCUGCAAAGUUCCAAGGUGAGGUAUUGAACAUGCAACAAGAGAAUAGAAAAGUUAGCGAAGAACUCCAAGCAGGUUUAGACCAUGUCACAUCUCUGCAACUUGAAACGGAAAAGACUCUAAGAAGGUUAGAGGAUGAGUUUGGGCUUUCUGAUCACGACCAUAACCAGAAGCACCCACGGUUACAAAGCCGCUCACAUGUGCCCUUGAGGUCUUUCAUCUUCGGGGGUAAAUCAAAAAAGCCAAAGCCUUCCAUUUUGGCAUGUAUAAACCCCAAUAAGAAACUUAGUGUAUCAAACGGUGGGGUUAUGUAA